CUUCAGCAACAGCAAGCAGGGAAAGGGUGAAAGAUAAACCUAACUCGUUUCUUACCUCUCUUAUCCAAAAACCUCUCCGCUAAACCCUAGUCGCUCUAUACUUCUCCGCCGCGUGCUCUCUGGAUCGGAGCUCAACUUUCGUCUGUUAGGCGAGUAGGCGUCGACUUCUCCGACCAGCAGACACUGUUUUCCCUCGUUUCGUCAGUCCUUCUGAAACUUCAUUUCAGCUGCCUUCAGGGAGUAAAUGGCAUCAUCUUUCUCUACCAUGUCUUCAGUUGGCUCCUUGGCUGCCCCCAACGGCCGUGUGAUGGAUAAGAAACUUGCUUCUUCUUCUAGCAAGUUUUCAUCUUUGGCUUCCAUUUCUUCAAGCCCCUUUGGGGGUAGACGGAAUGUAGUAAUACAGAGAACUCGACUUCCCAAAAUUUAUGCAGCCAAGGAGUUGCAUUUCAACAAAGAUGGAACAGCAAUCAAGAAGCUUCAGACUGGUGUUAACAAGCUUGCAGAUCUAGUUGGGGUUACUCUUGGGCCAAAAGGCAGGAAUGUUGUUCUAGAAAGCAAGUAUGGUUCCCCAAAAAUUGUUAAUGACGGUGUGACCGUUGCCAAGGAGGUUGAGUUGGAGGAUCCUGUUGAGAACAUUGGUGCAAAGUUAGUGAGACAAGCCGCUGCAAAGACUAAUGACUUGGCUGGUGAUGGUACCACAACAUCUGUUGUUCUCGCACAAGGCCUUAUUGCUGAAGGUGUCAAGGUGGUAGCUGCUGGAGCAAACCCUGUUUUGAUUACAAGAGGAAUUGAGAAGACCACCAAGGCCCUAGUCUCUGAGCUAAAGUCAAUGUCAAAGGAGGUUGAAGACAGUGAACUUGCAGAUGUUGCAGCAGUCAGUGCAGGAAACAAUGAUGAAAUUGGGAAUAUGAUAGCUGAAGCAAUGAGCAAAGUGGGUCGGAAGGGCGUGGUUACUCUUGAGGAGGGUAAAAGUGCUGAGAACAACCUCUAUGUUGUUGAAGGAAUGCAAUUUGAUCGGGGUUAUAUUUCACCGUACUUUGUGACUGAUAGCGAGAAAAUGGCAGUUGAAUAUGAAAACUGCAAGUUGCUUCUUGUUGAUAAGAAAAUUACAAAUGCAAGGGAUCUUAUUAAUGUUCUGGAAGAUGCUAUUAGAAGUGCAUACCCAAUUCUGAUAAUUGCUGAAGAUAUUGAACAAGAAGCUUUAGCAACUCUUGUUGUGAACAAGCUUAGAGGUUCUUUGAAGAUUGCUGCUCUCAAAGCUCCUGGCUUUGGAGAGCGCAAGAGCCAAUACCUUGAUGACAUUGCAAUUCUAACUGGAGGAACUGUCAUUAGAGAUGAAGUUGGCCUUUCACUGGACAAAGCUGGCAAGGAGGUCUUGGGUCAUGCUUCCAAAGUUGUUCUUACCAAAGAUUAUACAACCAUUGUGGGUGAUGGAAGCACACAGGAAGCAGUAAGCAAGCGUGUUGCACAGAUUAGAAAUCUUAUUGAGGCUGCAGAGCAAGACUAUGAGAAGGAAAAGCUUAAUGAAAGAAUUGCAAAACUAUCAGGUGGUGUUGCGGUGAUACAGGUUGGAGCACAAACUGAGACAGAACUUAAGGAGAAGAAAUUGAGAGUCGAAGACGCACUUAAUGCAACGAAGGCAGCUGUUGAGGAAGGUAUUGUUGUUGGUGGUGGAUGCACACUGCUGAGACUUGCAUCCAAAGUGGAUGCCAUUAAGGAAAGCCUUGAGAAUGAUGAAGAAAAGGUGGGGGCAGAUAUUGUUAAAAGAGCUCUAAGUUAUCCUUUGAAACUAAUUGCCAAGAAUGCUGGUGUUAACGGAAGUGUGGUCAGUGAGAAGGUGCUCUGUAGUGAUAAUCCUAGAUACGGUUUCAAUGCUGCAACUGGGAAUUACGAAGACCUAAUGGCUGCUGGAAUAAUUGAUCCAACCAAGGUCUGUUGUCGUAUUUUAGGUCUUUGUUGAUGGAGGAUUCUUUCAUACCACAAGUUAAUAAUAGCGUCAGGGAAUUUAUGGUCAACAGUGAACAUGUUACCUGUGAUGGUGAAGUUUUCUAUUUGAUGCUGACUUGGUUUUUUUUUUUUUUUGG